CGCGAUCGGCGGGUCCGCCAAUUUCUCCAGGCCCGGGCACCCCCUGUCACCCGGCUUCUGUUCGCCUGCCUGCACGACUGGCCUUCCUGUCCCAUUUCUAUUCUCAUCCAACAUAAAACAUGCCCACGCCUCAGAUGCCCGUCGUGUGCCGUUACAACCCCAUACUAUUAAUCCUCACUACUCCCCUCCUCCUCCUCCACUGACUCUGCCGACUCCUCUCUCCCUCCCCUGCUCCUCCAUCACUCGUCUCCUUCUACUUCCACCACAGCCACUCCUUUCAGCUCUCUCUUUCACUCAACUCUGACCACCUCCUUUCCCUAACCACGGUCCGCCCUAUUCUCACUCAUUUCAUCCUGUCGCCUCCUCCCAACACCACCCUUCCCUCUGGAAAUUGAUGGGCUCGACUACCCCCUGCCACCCAACCAUCAAAACACAAACGGCCCUCUACCACCACCACCGCCGCACCUACAUCUUCCCCUCAACCCUCGCUCCUACCUCCACCGACACAGGAGCACCGCCUUCCAUACAAUCUCUCUUCCUCCACGUACCAAUGCAUCGCAGGCCCUCGAUUGCGCUGCGUCCCAAGACCUCGUCUGCCGUCGACGACUCUCACCCGUCUAGCAGCUUCGAGCCAAGCAUGAAGAGGACCGCCUCUCAAACCUUCAGCACCCACACCAGCGAGUCGCGCGAUGCCGCCAUGUCCUUGGGCCCCGUCCAGGAGGGCAUGAGCGCUCAAUAUGCUUCUUCCUCUCAGUUCAACACCCACUCUUCGGGUCACACCAGCUCGCUGUCGCUGUCGCGCGCCACCCACAUGCUCGAGGGCAGCUUCAAGCAGAUCCGUCGCAAACUUUCCUCUUCGUCUACUUCAAAUCGCCGUCCUUCCCUCGUCAACUUGUUCGAGCCCCCUACCAAGUCCAGUGCCGACCACCUACGCCUGCCUCUCCCACACCAAGAUUCGGGUCUUCCAAUCUUGCCCCAACAGAAUGAUACAUUUCCUCACCAUCCCUCCGCUUCUCAUAAAUACAUACCCAUGUUGCGACGCUUCUCGAGUCUUCGUCGUCGCCCUGCUGCCUCCGGCCCCUCGGGCGACUUCGCAAAAUACAAUCCAGUCCCGCCUCCUAUCCCUAGCAACUAUCCCGUGCAAGCCCCUGGUGCUGCUGCAAGGCAGUCCGCCGCUGCCGCCAACGAUGCGAGGCAGUCCCAACUUCGGAGGGAGCAAGAGCAAACACGGCGCUUUUUGGAGGGAGGCGUGAUUCAGAACAAUAUGGAGGAAGUUAUCAAGGAUAGUGAGAGUGGUGUGGGCAUGAUGUGCUCAUCUCCCAUCAACCGCAACGAUGGUGCGACAGAGAAGAAGAUGGUGGAUCCUUUGGAUAUACUCCCCGCCGAAAUCACUACAAUCAUUCUCUCAAAUCUCGAUGCCCCUUCGCUCAUCCAGGCCGAACUAGUCUCGAAGCGCUGGCACGAAAUCGCUUCCUCUCCUCACGUCUGGAGGGGUGUCUUUCUCCGCAAAUUCGAACCUACAGUGCAUGUGUCACCUACUCCAAUCCAAAUGGGCGGUAUCGGCGUUGGCAAAUUCACCAAGCUUGGGAAAACCGCACCGGGACAGGACUGGAAGAAAAUGUUCCAGGCACGCAAGACAAUUAACCGACGCUGGAAAGCCUGCUCGCCGAGCGCCAUCUAUCUCAAUGGUCACACCGACUCCGUCUACUGUUGCCAGUUUGACGAAGACAAGAUCAUCACAGGUUCCCGUGAUCGCACAAUCCGUGUAUGGAGCAUGAAAACGUAUGAGUGUGUCAAGGUCAUCGGGGGUCCGACGCAUCGUCCUCUUCCUAACACACCACACCAGCUAGAUACUCACAAAGAUACAAAAGUCAACAAGCCGUCUCUUAACGGAACCACCAAAGGAAAUGAGAUCUAUCACGUUCCCGCCGAUUACCACGACGCUUCCAUCCUUUGCCUCCAGUAUGAUGACGAAAUCAUGGUCACCGGAUCUUCUGAUCACACUUGUAUUGUUUGGGAUAUAACUGGAGACCAUUUCGUACCGCUUCACCGCUUGAGGGGCCACCAGGCUGGUGUGCUAGAUGUCUGCCUGGACAAGAAACACAUCAUAUCGUGCUCCAAAGAUUCCGCUAUUAUUGUCUGGGAUCGACAAACUGGACGUCAGAUCCGUACUUUGCAAGGCCACCGCGGGCCUGUCAACGCCGUUCAGCUUCGCGGUAACCUGCUUGUCUCGGCAUCUGGAGAUGGUGUAGCGAAAUUAUGGAACCUCGAUUCUGGCAAUGAGUCUAUCAAGGACUUCCCAUCCGAAGACAGGGGAUUGGCGGCGGUUGAGUUCUCCGAUGAUGCCAAUAUUGUACUUGCUGGUGGUAAUGAUCAUGUGGUGUACAAAUUCGAUGCGACGACUGGCAAGUUGCUUCACACCUCCCAACGCCACGGUGGUCUUGUCCGGUCACUUUUCUUGGAUGCCUUCAACGGCCGGAUCAUAUCAGGUUCCUAUGACCAGAGUAUCCGAAUUGCCGACUAUAACACUGGAGAAGUCUUUGCCAAUUACGAAAACUGGACGACUAGCUGGAUCCUCUCAGCAAAGAGCGACUACCGCCGGGUUGUGGCGACGAGCCAAGAUGGCCGCACACUCAUUCUUGAUUUUGGAUGGAACGUGCAGGGCAGUGAGAUGCUUAUUGGCGACAAGUGA